AGACGAUCUUUUGGGUUCAUUGCUAGAAUAGAGAUGACCGCCAAAGGGUAGACGAACAGAGUUUCACUUGACCGAUUUUCACUUUUUACACACUAAGGAGACAUCCGUAACGAAAUCUUAACUUUUUAAACUGCUGAGGCUUCAUAUUCUUCUAUUGUCUACAAGGCCUUGGGCCUCUCUGGUCUAAAAGAAAUGGUACUUAUUCUGGGCAGAAGACUAAACCGAGAAGACUCUGGAGUCCGUGAGUCUCCAGCAGUCAAGCGAAAGGUCCUGGAGAUGGACAGCAAGCCCGUCAGUAACCAUGAUGUAUUUGAUUUCUCCUCCGGCCCGUGCCACUCUGAUAGUAUCCUACAGAUGUUCAACGAGUUUCGCGAUGGCCGUCUGUUCACAGAUGUAGUGAUCAGUGUGGAGGGUCGUGAAUUUCCAUGUCAUCGUGCCGUGUUAUCUGCAUGCAGCAGCUACUUCCGUGCAAUGUUCUGCAAUGACCACCGGGAGAGCCGGGAGAUGUUGGUGGAGAUCAACGGCAUCCGUGCUGAAGCCAUGGACACCUUCCUGCAGUACGUCUACACUGGCCGUGCCCGCAUCACUACAGAUAAUGUGCAGUUCCUUUUUGAGACCUCCAGCCUCUUUCAGAUUAGCACUUUGAGAGAUGCCUGUGCCAAAUUCUUAGAAGACCAGCUUGACCCUUGCAACUGCUUGGGCAUCCAGCGUUUCGCUGACGCUCACUCUCUCAAGCAACUGGCCAGCCGUUGCCGCUCUUAUGCUCUGCAGAGCUUUGCCGAUGUGGCCCAGCACGAAGAGUUCUUGGACUUGCGCAAGGAGGAACUGGAGGAGUACAUCGCCAGUGAUGAGAUGGUGAUUGGAAAAGAGGAGACCGUGUUUGAGGCAGUGAUGCGUUGGGUGUACUACGAUGUGGACCAUCGCAGAAUCAUGCUCAAAGACCUUCUCAAUCAUGUCCGCCUGCCCCUGCUGCAUCCAAAUUAUUUUGUGCAGACGGUAGAAGGGGACCAGCUGAUCCAAAACGCACCAGAGUGCUAUCAGCUUCUUCACGAAGCCAGACGCUAUCAUGUGUUGGGCAAUGAAAUGAUGUCACCUCGAACCCGUCCACGCAGGUCCACUGGAUUCUCUGAGGUCAUUGUGGUUGUUGGAGGAUGCGAGAGGAUGGGUGGAUUCAACCUGCCAUACACCGAAUGCUAUGAUCCUGUUACCGGUGAAUGGAAAUCCUUAGCCAAACUCCCAGAAUUCACCAAGUCAGAGUAUGCCGUGUGUGCCCUCAGGAAUGACAUUCUGGUUUCAGGGGGAAGAAUUAACAGCAGGGAUGUCUGGAUGUACAACUCCCAGCUCAACAUUUUUUAUAUACUAUUACCCAAAUGCAUCAAAACUGAUUGACAGCCAUGAAUAUAGCUGGUCUUCAUUUACCCAGUUAUUGAAAUCAGUUUCAUCUUUCCUUUUUAAGUGCCUCCGUUUGUGUCAACUGUUUUCUUUCCAUUACUAUUUUUGUAUUUUUGAUUCUAUUUCAAUGUAUGGUUUAAGUGGUUAUUUUUUGAAUGGGUGAAUGGUGUGAUUAUUUGCGACUGGUGGAUGCAGUGUUUGAUUGUGAUGGAUCAAUGUGUGUACAGUAUCUAUAAGUGUGUUUGUGAAGACUUAGACUGUGUGUGUGUGUGAGAGAGAGAGAGAGAGAGAGAGAGAGAGAAAGAGAAGAUGUUAAGACACAGUAUAACGCAGGAACCACUUUUUAUGAACUGUCUAAUGGGUUUGUGAUCCAUCAGGCACCAAAAAAUGAUAGUGUUUUUUUAAUAAUGCUUUACUUAUGGAUUUGGGUGAUGUUAAAUGUGUUUUAUCGUUAUGCUAUCAUGACAUUUAUCAAAAAAAAAGCUAAACAAAUAAAAACAGCAUGCCUAAUGUCCUCCAUGGAGCAUUAUGGAGUAGAUUAGCCUAUGCAUUUGUUUUCUGUAUCAUUGAGCAUUUGUUAAAACCUUUGCAUAUGAUUUCAAAUGAUGUUUAUAAGUGAAUCAUGCAUUUGUCUUCACUUUUUUUACUUAUUUAUUCUUGGUAGAAUCUGAACCCCAACAAGGCACUUAAUUUUUGUAAUAUUUCUCAGUGUCCUGAAUGUAAAUAUCUUUUUUUCUUCAGGUUUACUGUAUCAGUAAGUGUUUGCAUUGGUUAUGCGUCAGCUCACACUCUCAUCUCUCUUCUUGCUUUCUAAUCUAAGCUCAGUAUUUGUGUGUACAGUGCAGUGACGUAGCCGCAAAAGAUUGCGCGCUAGGGAUUCCAAGAGCGGUGAUGUCAGCGUUGUUGCCUGCUUUUGGUUAGCAGGAUUGUUUAGUUUUGUCAGCUGCAAGACCAGAACAAUAGAAAGACACACAUUGUCUGUUAUGCUCCGGAAAAUUUAACAGGCAACUGAAAGGCAAAACCCUGCUUUAACAUAACAUGGCCUUCCUUUAACCCUUUCAAGUGUUGCUUUUUGUUUUGGUGUGCAAUUUUAUAACUGUAUGUUUGUGUAAAUAAACGUAUGGACUAGU